AUGGCAUCUCCAAUUUUGCUUAGAACUUGGUUUAGCAACAAUAUUACUGGCCUUCCAUUUACAAAUUUUUUUUCCGGUUAUCGAAAAUCAAAAACAAAAAUGAUUAAACUAUGCAACGCAAUUGAAAACUUACUGAACAACGGAAUUCUUCAAAAAGGUAUUGGCGACGACCGACAUAUUGUGACAGCCAGAAAGGAAACUUAUUUGAAAACACUACCGUCGAUUAUUCGUCAAGAUGAAACGAUGAAAAGUUUUAUGGAAUCAUUGAAUAUUGACAUAAAUGAAUGUGAACAUCGUUACAUGUCAUCGCCAUUACCUGAAGAUCUCAAAUUAACUGAUUAUGCAGUUGAUUUCAUUUUAUCAAACGAUAGCUUCAUUGAAAUUUCUCACUUGUUCAAUGAUUCUCGCAUUGAAAAACGAAUGGAAGAACGACAAUUACCAUACAGAAUGAUGUUCGGACGAAAACAAUACUACAUCGCACCAUCUUCACCGGUUAUUGAUCGAGGUGGGCAAUUUUGA